AGCCCCAUUGGCUGGAUCAAUGGAUGGAGGGAAUACUUCUGCGGUAUCUGAAUUUGUGUUUCUGGGACUCACCAGUUUGUGGAAGAUGCAGCUUCUCCUCCUGGUGUUCUCCUCUGUGCUCUAUGUGGCAAGCAUGACUGGAAACAUCCUUAUUGUGUUUUCUGUUACUACAGAUCCUCACUUACAUUCUCCUAUGUACUUCCUACUGGCCAGUCUCUCCUUCAUUGACUUGGGAGCCUGCUCUGUCACCUCACCAAAAAUGAUAUACGACCUUUUCAGAAAGCACAAAGUAAUCUCCUUUGGAGGCUGCAUUACUCAGAUCUUUUUCAUCCACGUCAUUGGUGGUGUAGAGAUGGUGCUGCUCAUAGCCAUGGCUUUUGACAGAUAUGUGGCCAUAUGUAAGCCUCUCCACUAUCAGACCAUUAUGAGCCCAAAACUGUGCAUUUUGUUUCUGGCUGCCUCUUGGGCCCUUGGUGUCAGUCACUCACUCUUCCAACUGGCAUUUAUAGUUAAUUUACCUUUCUGUGGACCUAAUGUAUUGGACAGCUUUUACUGUGACCUACCCAGGCUCCUCCGACUGGCCUGCAGAGAUACCUACAGACUGCAGUUCAUGGUCACUGUCAACAGUGGGUUUAUCUGUGUUGGUUCUUUCUUCAUACUUGUCAUCUCCUACAUCUUCAUCCUUUUUACUGUUUGGAAACAUUCCUCAGCUGGUUCAUCCAAGGCCCUUACAACUCUAUCAGCUCACAUCACUGUUGUCCUUUUGUUCUUUGGUCCAACCAUGUUUGUGUAUACAUGGCCACACACCAAUUCUCAGAUGGACAAGUUUCUUGCUAUUUUUGAUGCAGUACUCACUCCUUUUCUGAAUCCAGUCAUCUAUACAUUCAGGAAUAAAGACAUGAAGGCAGCGAUGAAGAGAGUAUGCAAACAGUUAGUGAUUUACAGGAAGAUCUCAUAAUUUAUUUCAUAAGGUCUUCUCACUGACCAUGGUAUAGCCUUACAUUUUCAUAUUUGAUAUUUUAGAUUCAGGAGGCUUGAGGCAAUAUUGAUUUCAGUAUUAUCAGAUCUGUAAUGUAAUUGUGAAGAGCAAGUCAUGAAAACAGUAUACCUCUAUGUAAAUCCCUUUUAAUUUCUUUCAGCAAUGUUUUAUGGUUUUCGGUGAACAGGUAUUGUGUAUCUUUUUUGAGAUUUAUCCCUACGCACUUCAUAUUUCAGAAGAUAUUUUAAAUGGAAUUUUUUUGUUUUGAUUUACAUUUGCUCACUGCUAAUAUAUAGGAAUAUAAUUGAUUUUUGUUUAUUGAUAUCGUAUCCAGCAAACUUGCAAAACUCAUUUAUUAGUUUUACUAAGUUUUUAUAGAUUAAAAAGGAUUUGCUUCAUAGAUGAUCAUGUUGUAUGCAAAUAAAGACA